GCCGCCUCCAUGGCCCCAGGAAAGACUCAGGGGAGAGGCCCCAUCCAGGGAGCCACUCCAGUUAGACACCCUGGCCAGAAUGGAGCUGACUGAUUUGCUCCUGGUGGCCAUGCUUCUCCUCACGGCAAGACUAACUCUGUCCAGCCCAGUUCCUCCGGCCUGUGACCCCAGACUCCUAAAUAAACUGCUUCGUGACUCCUACCUCCUCCACAGCCGACUGAGCCAGUGUCCUGACAUCAACCCUUUGUCUAUCCCUGUCCUGCUGCCUGCUGUGGACUUUAGCCUGGGAGAAUGGAAAACCCAGACGGAACAGAGCAAGGCACAGGACAUUCUAGGGGCCGUGUCCCUUCUACUAGAGGGAGUGAUGGCAGCGCGAGGACAGCUGGAACCCUCCUGCCUCUCAUCCCUCCUGGGACAGCUUUCUGGGCAGGUCCGCCUCCUCCUGGGGGCCCUGCAAGGCCUCCUUGGAACCCAGGUAAGGCCGGACCACAGCUCACAAGGACCCCAAUGCCCUCUUCUUGAGCUUGCAACAGCUGCUGCGGGGAAAGGUGCGUUUCCUGCUUCUGGUGGAAGGUCCCAUCCUCUGUGUCAGACGGACCCUGCCCACCACAGCUGUCCCAAGCAGUACCUCUCAACUCCUCACACUAAACAAGUUCCCAAACAGGACUUCUGGAUUGUUGGAGACGAACUUCAGUGUCAUAGCCAGAACUACUGGCCCUGGACUUCUGAGCAGGCUUCAAGGACUCAGAGCCAAGAUUAUUCCUGGUCAGCUAAAUCAAACCUCCAGGUCCCCAGACCAAAUCCCUGGACAUCUGAACAGGACACACGGACCUGUGAGUGGAACUCAUGGGCUCUUUGCUGGAACAUCACUUCAGACCCUGGAAGUCCCAGACAUUGUGCAAGGAGAUUUCUACAAAGGCUCCCUGCCCCUCGACCUCCAGGGUGGACUUCCUCCUUCUCCAAGCCUUGCUCCUAAUGGACACACACUCUUCCCCCCUUCACCUACCCUGCCCACCCGUGGAUCUCCACCUCAGUUCCACUCCCUGUUAUCUGACCCUUCCACCGCCA